AUGGUCAUUUUUCCAUGUAGAAAUUGUCAAAAUCUAUCUCACCAAUUUUGCGAGAUUGUGUACGAGCAGUUGGUCAUGAAAGGGAUGGAUCCUAAAUAUACUUCUUGGUUCCUUCAUGGGGAACAACUAAGUGCAUCAUCACAUCAAGAAGAUGUUGAAAUUUCAGAUAUAUAUAAGAUGUUAAGAGACGUGCAUGUAAAAAAUGAUGAUUUUGCAGAGUCUACAAGUGAAAGUAAAGAGAGAGAAUUUACACAAUCAUUAGAAGAUGUUGAAACUCCUUUAUAUCCAGGGUGUACAAAGUACACUAAAUUCUCAGCAAUUGUUGCUUUAUACAAGCAUAAAGAUGCACAUGAUCAUUCUGAUGAAAGCUUUAACGAACUUCUUAAAAUAGUGUCUGAUAUGCUACCAGAAGAUAACACACUUGUCAAAUAUGUAUAUUCAGCAAAAAAGAUGCUCAAAGCCUUUGAUCUAGAAUAUGAGAAAAUACAUGCUUAUGUAAAUGAUUGUUGUUUGUUUAGAAAAGAUUUAGAGCUUAAGGAGACAUGUCCGAAAUGCAAUUGUUCACGUUGGAAUGUAGAUAAACGCACUAAGAAGAUUAAAAAUGGGGUUCUUGUGAAGGUGUUGCGAUAUUUUCCAAUAAUACCAAUAUUUAAAAGGAUGUUCAAGUCACAAGAGAGGGCAAAGCAAUUAACGUGGCAUUCCUUUCACAAAAGCCAAGAUGGCAAGAUGAGACAUCUAGUUGACUCAUUGGCAUGGGAAUCAAUCGAUCAAAAGUGGUUUUCUUUUGCAUCAGAUCCAUGA